CUCCACUACAGCAGACGGCGCUCGAACAUUUGCUUUCUUCUUUCUUGAAUAUUUUCCUCUGUUUGUUUCGAAUCACCCGUCUUCCUGUUACGUCUUGUCAUUGAGGAACGGAGUGAGAGUUCUGCGGGCAAAGAGUUUGUGGUCCGCAUACGGUUCUCCUCGUGGCGGCGGCUGUUCCAGGGCCGUUACCUGCUGCUCACGAACACGGUGAGCGGAGGAGGCAUGCUGGCGCUGGGUGACUUGAUUCAGCAGAGCCGGGAAACGCGAAAAAACCCGAACAGGAUUCGAGACUGGAACAGGACAGGUCGUAUGUUUGUGGUAGGGUGCUCCAUGGGUCCAGUGCUGCACUUUUGGUACACAUGGCUCGACCGAAGAUUUGUGGGAUAUGCUCUAAACACAGUGGUCAAGAAGGUUCUGGUGGAUCAGAUGAUAGCAUCCCCAACACUUGGCAUGUGGUACUUUUUAGGAAUGGGGGUCAUGGAGGGACGCUCCAUAUCUCACGGAUGGGAAGAGUUUAAAGAUAAAUUCUGGGAAUUUUAUAAAGCUGACUGGUGCGUUUGGCCUGCAGCUCAAAUGAUGAACUUUUAUUUCCUCUCCCCGAAAUUCCGUGUCGUCUAUGUCAACAUCGUCACUUUGGGGUGGGACACCUACCUCUCCUAUCUCAAACACAGAGAUGACAGUCAGCCCACAGACCUGCUUCCAGAGAGCAGUUUGUCAGAUGUGCAGCAGAAAGCUCUUUCACCAUCCAAACCUCGGGAGGAAAGCAGUGGAUGGUGAAAGCUACUCUUCCCAAAAUGCACUUUUUCAAACCUGUUGCACGGGGACGUUGGAAGUGAUUGUGUCGCGAUGCCGUUCUUCCAUCUAUGUUAACUUUAUUGGUCGUAGUAUUCAGACCCUGUGCCCUGUGUCCCACGUUUGUGCUGACACCCCCAAAAAAAACUCUUUAGCCCAAAAACUCUCCCCAGCUCAUUAAUGCGGGUGCACGCCAAGACUGCUACAUUGCCAACAUGACUUAUUCCUGAUUGAGUAUCGCCAAACACAAAGUUUGGCAUGUUUUAUUUUAUGGAAUGUACAAUCAGUUAAAAAUGAGAGGUGAUUAAUUUCCCCGAUGACCCAAUGAAAUAGGCGACGUCCACAGUGAUUUUCCAUGCAAGCCCUGCACCCAUUUGGGUGUGUGACACUGUCAUUAGUUACAGUGAAGGAAAUAAGUAUUUGAACACCCUGCUUUAUUGCAAGUUCUCUCACCUAGAAAUCAUGGAGGGGUCUGAAAUUUUUAUCUUCGGUGCAUGUCCAAUGUGUGAGAGAUAAUCUAAAAAGAAAAAUACAGAAAUCACAAUGUAUAAUUUUUUUUAACGAUUUGUUUGUGUGAUACAGCUGCAAAUAAGUAUUUGAACACCUGUCAAUCAGAGUCCUGACCCUCAAAGAGGUGUUUGUCCACCUUUAAAAGUCCACCUCCACUCCAUUUAUUAUCCUGAAUCAGAUGCACCUGUGUGAGGUCAUGAGCUGCAUAAAGACACCUGUCCACCCCAUACAAGUAGUAAGACUCAAACUUGUAACAUGGCCAAGACCAAAGAGCUGUCCAAAGACACCAGAGACAAAAUUGUACAACUCCACAUGGCUGGAAAGGGUUACAGAGAAAUUGCCAAGCAGCUUGGUGAAAAAAGGGCCAUUGUUGGAGCAAUCAUUAGAAAAUGGAAGAAGCUAAACAUGAUGGUCAAUCUCAAUCGGAGUGGAGUCCCGUGCAGGAUAUCACCUCUUGGGGUCUCAAUGAUCCUUAGAAAGGUGAGGAAUGAGCCCAGGACUACACGACAAGACUUGGUCAAUGACCUGAAAAGAGCUGAGACCACCGUUUCCAAGGUGAUUGUUGGUAAUACACUAAGAGAUCAUGGUUUGAAAUCAUGCAUGGCACGGAAGGUUCCCCUGGUUGAACCAGCACAUGACAAGGCCCGUCUUAAGUUUGCCAAUGACCAUUUGGAUGAUACAGAGGAGUCAUGGGAGAAAGUUUUGGUACUUUUUGGUCAUGAUUCCACGAACCGUGUUUGGAGGAAGAUGAAGGAUGAGUUGCAUCUCAAGAACACCAUCCCAACUGUGAAGCAUGGGGUUGGUAGCAUCAUUUUUCUGCACAUGGGACAGGAUGACUGCACUAUAUUCAGGAAAGGAUGACCAUAGCCAUGUAUUGUGAGAUUUUGGGGAAGAACCUUUUUUUUCAGUCUGAGCAUUGGAUAUGGGUCUUGGCUGGGUGCCAACAUGACAAUGACCCGAAGCACACUUCCAGGUAAACAAAGGAGUGGCUCCAUAAGAAGCAUAUCGAGGUUCUGGCGUGGGCUAGACAGUCUCCAGACCUAAACCCAAUAGAAAAUCUUUGGAGGGAGCUGAAACUCCGUGUUUCUCAGAGACAGGGCAGAAACAUGAUUGAUCUUGAGAAGAUCUGUGUGGAGGAGUGGGCCAGAAUCCCUCCUGCAGUAUGUGCAAACCUGGUGAACAAGUACAGGAAACGUUUGAUCUCUAAUUGCAAACAAAGGCUACUUUACCAAAUAUUAACAUUGGUUUUCUGAGGUGUUCAAAUACUUAUUCGCAGCUGUACCACAUAAAUAAAUCGUUAAAAAAAAUCAUACAUUGCGAUUUCUGGAUUUUUCUUUUUAGAUUCUCUCUCACAGUGGACAUGCACCUACAAUGAAAAUUUCACACCCCUCCAUGAUUUCUAAGUGGGAGAACUUGCAAUAUAGCAGGGUGUUCAAAUAUGUUUUUCUUAAUUGUAUUUUUGACCUUGUUUUGUCUCAUGAUUGGUCCAAAUUCAAUAUUUUUUUUUUACUUUUUUUUGCUAAGCGGGCAGUGAAAAAAGUCUGCGUGAAGGCGCUUGUUUUAUUGGUUUCAUGUGGCUCGUCACGUUUGUCCGUGUUUGUGUGUGUGAACCUUAUCUGAUUUGACGUUUUGCACGCCGUAGUGUUUAGUGCUUCAAUCUCUUGUUUUCAGUCUGGCAUGGUUGUCAUGCUUGUAAGAGAACAAAUCUUUUUUUGUGCAAUUACUAUUUUGUGUAAAAUAGUGCUUGAUUUUUCAUCGAAAUGGUCUUGUUUUCAAGCUGAAUAAAAUGACAGCAUUUUUUUAUAAUCUAGA